UACACUAUAAUUUAUAAAAUAUUUGUAUUUGUCUAAUAAGUGGUUUACUAUUUUUCUUUUUGUUUUUGUAUAUUUGCCAUUAUUUUAGCGAUUACCUAUUAAUUAUAUAAUCUGUAAUUUAUAAUAUGAUUAUCAUAUCAUUGCGAUUUCUUUAACAAUGAACUUUUAAUUUGAAACAUCUUUCCUAACCUCAAAAUACUAUUAUGCCACUAUGAAUGCAAAUAUUUGUGUGAAUUGCCAUAAUAAUAAACCUGUUAAUUUAACUGAUAACCGGCUGGUGACUGAGAGCUGCGGUCAUGUCAAAUGUAUGGAUUGUCUUCUCCAUGAGAAAUCAGGAUGUAAAGCUUGUGCCAAGACAAAGAAGCUACCCAGGGAUGAUCUUGAACCAAACGCUGAGGACAAUAGAGAGGAUAAUGUUAACGUGGUUCAAGCAGAGGAGCCUGUAGCAUUGAAGGAUUCUACUGACAUCCAUCUGGUACCUUGUGAAGAAUUAUUGAAGAAGAAAAAACCAGAGACAUCUCAUAUAAGUGUGGAAAUAGAUGCAAACGGGAGAUGUUAUUACUGUACAGUGUGUAAGAAGAGGUUCCAUGCUCGCAGCCAGGUGGCCUACCAUGCUUACUGUAAUGGGCAGCUUAAGCCUUAUCAAUGUCCUGAAUGCAAUAAGAGUUUUGCUACGCACUCACACUUCAAGUACCAUAUGCGUGUGCACCGCAACGAGCGAACGUACGCGUGUGACGUCUGCGGGGACAGCUUUUUCCAAAUGUCCAAGUUGCAGCGACACAAGCUGAAGCACACUAGGGAGAAGAAAUAUGCCUGUCCCCAAUGCAACAAGGCGUUCAACAAUGUGACAUCACUCCGCAAGCACGGCCUCACGCACACUGAGGAGCGACCCUUCUCGUGCGAGAUCUGCAGCCGCCGAUUCCGGGACGGCUCCAACUACAGGAAACAUGUCGCCAAACAUGACGGUUGCGGCGCCGGUCGCGCGGGGCGGACGGCGGCCAGGAGGGCGUUCCAGUGCCCGCGCUGCCCGCUCGCCUUCCACUCCAACAAGGACAUGCGCCGGCACACCGCCGUGCACACAGAUUCGAAGCCGUUUCGAUGCAAAGUAUGCAAUAGAUCGUUUAGGAGGAAAGACAAUUUAGAGCGCCAUAUCCGAAACACGCAUCCUAACUAUGUUACGUCCGCUGUGGUGGAGUGCGACGAGAGUGCUCUCAAGCAGAUCACCAUACAACAGACAAACGGACAGCGCAGCUUGGCCGACGAGACCUACCAGAAUAACGAGAAGACCAGGCUGGAGAGCUUGAACCCGCUUCCUCCCCUGCCAAAGGAAGUCAUACAGAAACAUAUUAUGGAAAUCAAUGAGAAUGUCAGCCAGAACAAUCAGGAAAGCAGUCCGGCCGGACAAACGAACCCAAAUAAGUCGCUUAGCGUUAUACUGGAGGCGAAUAUAGCCCGGCAGAGUGUUAUUGUUGGCAAGUGUACAGAAGCCAAGGUGUCUACGGCUUACGAAAGCGAGUAUAUACACAAAAUGCACAAAGCAAACUCUAUGGUGAGUCAAAAUAAUUGUAUACUGCCUCCGAUAAAUAGAAACAAGAUAUUAGAAUUAGAAUGGAAAACGAAUUCCAACAAUUUGGGACUGGGCGCUCCGCCGAGGGACAGGAAGGAGCUCUACAAGAAGAUACUGUACGAGAAGCCGGAGAUUGACGCAUGUGACACCAACGAGGAGGACAGUAAGCUACAGCGGAGCGCGAGCCCCGAAAUGCAUUGGAGGAGAAAAAUGAAACUUAAUAAUAUCGCUGUUGAUAAUUGAUAUUAAAUUGAAGGCUGAGAUUGGUGGCUAUGUAAUUGAGACAGGUAUUUGUAGUAUAUCGUGUUUUAUAUAUUUUAUAUACACUUUCGCAAAUAUUUUUUUAGAAAAAUUGUCUAUAUACACCACAGAUAUUCAAUAGAAUGGUAUAUAAGUUUAAAUUUUUAAAUAUUAAAGUUUGUAUUGUAAAAAAGCAAGGAUACGCUUAUCAUAUAACUAGUGUAUCAAAUGAUACAUGGUAUAUACCACGUCAGGUCGACCUCCACACGAGUUCCAUAGUAAACUAUCAUGGUUAACUCCUUGUGAACUAACUACCCUAAGUCGACUAACUCGACUAAAUUCUCAGUAUUUCUUUCUACACUGAUUCUCCGCCAUUAUUUACUAUUACUAGCAUAGGCGGGUGCAUUUUUACAUUUUCUAUACAAAAAAAAAAAGAAAAUAAAUAUAUAUCUAUAAAGAGGUAAGAUUUGAUAGUUUUCUAUAGAAAGCUACAUUAUCAGUGAAUAAUACAUACAUACAUACAUAUCUGUCACGCCUGUCUCCUAUUAUGGUAGGCAGAAACAAUGGAACGCCAAAUGCUUCGAUUCAAACAAGCCUCUUUCGCUUCCUCCACAUUCAUCAAUCUUUUCAUACACGCUCGCCGGUUACGGGUACUUUUAAUUUGGCCCUUCUUCAGCACCUCGCCUAUUUGGUCAACAUACGUCCGUCUAGAGCGGCCCCUAUCGGCAUCUCCAUUCAUUCUUGCUCGAUAAAUCUCUUUCGUAAUUCUUCUUUCAUCCGUCCUCUCCAAACGACCAAACCAACGCAACAUUCCUUUUUCGAUUUUUGUCGAUUUAUUAUCGAAAAUUCUAUCUAUUCGAACGAGGCCUAGUUGGAUGGUAUUGUUUUUUUUUUUGUGGACAACUGUACCUUCUAUUGGAUAUCUGUUAUCAAUGAAAUGAUUGACUGAAAUAUUACUUGUAUCAAUUUUAAUGUUAAGCAAUACACAAUACUUAUUAAUAUACUUAACGUUAGAGCACUUCACUUAUCGUGUGAUCGUCCAAUUCCUGUUAAUAUGAACGAUUCUCUAUGAGUAGCGAUUAAUGUGUACAUUGCACUACUGUAUUCAGAUUAAGGAAAGUUUAUAUCGGUUUUUUUUUUUAUGCUAAUUUUGAAGUACUAGGGUCGGUGUAGGGUUUCUAUGGCAUUUGGGAAUGUUAAUGAGUCGCUCGUUCUGAUAUUAAAGGGCCUAUACCUUUCAGACCUGAACGAUACGGGCGUGAGUUGUUACUUUAAAAAAUUCUACCGCUUAUACAACGGAUUGUGCUCAGAGGAAUUAUUCAAUAUGAUGCCUGCGGCCACUUUCUAUCAUCGUACGGCUUGCAAUCGACAGGGAGUUCACCCUCAUACCUUACAGCCUAAAUGGUCGCGUACAACGCGGUUUCAGAGAUGCUUUCUCCCACGAACACUCAGGUUAUGGAAUGAGCUCCCUGCCGAGGUUUCCCCAAGAGAAUACAGCAUGGGGUUCUUCAAAAGGGGGGUAAAGAGGAUUCUUCAGGGUUGGCAACGCGCGCGUAAUACACCUGGUAUUGCAGGCGUUCAUAGGCUACGGUAACCGCUUACCAUCAGGUGGGCCGUAUGCUUGUUUGCCACCUCAGUGGUAUAAAAAAACUCUAAAACCGCGCGCAAUUCAUUUUUACGCACGAAGCUGAAAGAACAUGAUAGUGAGAUUCUAAACCGGCCAAUAAGAAAUCAUUUUAGCGGUUAGGUGGUGCAGUAGUCUCGUGCGUGCCGGCAAGAUGGCUUGGCUCCAAAACACGAAAAUAUAUUUAAUCUGAAAGAAAAAAAUCUUGGGUCUGAAAGGGAUAUAGACAAGAUGCUAUUGAUUUUUAUUUCGAUUCGCCAAUGUCGUCGCAUAGUAAUAUGAUCCUUAUUUAUAUAUGCGUAGAAUAUAAAAUCAGUCGUCAUCCACGUCAAUGAUAAUGACACGCCUAAAGAUUUUACAGUUGUUCUUUGUAGUGAUUUUCGGUAAAUUUCUUGUCGAAAUGAAAAAAGUAGGUGGAGAAAAGAAGAGAGUAAGUUACUGCGCAUAUGAGAACGAACAAUACAUCGAUUGUUGUUAAGAACUAGUUAGAAU